AUGGCCGAAGCAAUGCCGUUUGAAAUUGCACGAAAGAUUAUUGAAUUACUGGGCUCCACUACUUUUGAAGAGCUUGGAUUCAUUUGGGGUGUCACAGAUGAGCUCCAGAAAUUGAAGGGCACUGUUUCCACUAUUCAAGAUGUGUUUCAGGACUCAGAGGAGUCGCAGUACAAGGAGGAUGGAGUCCGAGUCAGGGGCUGGAUCAUGAAGCUCAGAGGCGCAAUUUAUGAUGCGGAUGACUUGUUGACCGAUCUGUCCACUCAAGAUUUGCGGCGGAGGGAGAUGGAUGGUGAUGAAAUGGCUAAGAAGGUAGGUACUUUCUUCUCGAGUUCAAACCAAGUUGCUUUUCGUCUUAAGAUGGCUCACAAACUAAAAGCAAUGGUGGAAAGACUUAAAGAAAUAGAAAAUGAUAUGAAGAAUUUAGAGUUGGUAGUAUGUCGUCCACAGGCAACGGUUGUGUCUGGGGAGAGGGGCCAAACUCACUCAUUUGUAGAAGAAUUUUUUUGGGGGAGAGAAGAGGAUGAGAAUAACAUCAUAGGUCUAUUAUUGAACUUUGAUGAGGGACUCAAUGUCUCAUUUAUAUCCAUUGUGGGAAUCGGAGGGCUAGGGAAAACUACACUUGCUCAACAUGUAUACAAUGAUGAGAAAGUGAAGGCUUAUUUCGAGCUAAAGAUGUGGGUGUCUGUCUCUGAGGUCUUUUCUGUGAAAACAGUUGCUGAAAAGAUAAUUGAAUGUGCAACUAGAAGGAAACCUGAUAAUCUUCCUUAUGUGUUCUUGGAAAAUAGAGUUCACCAAGAGCUUGAUCAAAAGAAGUUUUUGCUUGUGUUGGAUGAUGUGUGGAAUGUGGAAAAUGGAGAAUGGUCUAACUUAAAAAGUCUUUUGAUGGGUGGCUCAAUGGGAAGUAAAGUGCUGAUAACCACACGGACGAGAUAUGUUGCAAAGAUAACUAGCACAGUCUCACCGUAUUUUCUAAAAGGCUUGUCAGUAGAAAAAUCUUGGUCUUUAUUAAAGCGAAUUGCAUUUAACAAUGGGGAAGACAGCAAUCCUGACCAUGAAGAUAUUGGAAAGAAAAUUGUAGAAAAAUGUCAGGGAGUGCCUCUUGCUAUUAAGAUGAUAGGAAGAGUAUUAUAUUUCAAAAGGACAGUGGAUGAAUGGUCAGAUAUCGAGAAUAAAGAACUUACAAAUAUAGAUCAAGAAGAAAAUAAUAUUUUACCAAUUUUAAAAUUGAGUUACGACUAUCUCCCAGUACACUUAAAGUGUUGUUUCACUUAUUGUUCAGUGUUUCCUAAAGAUUAUGAGAUUCGAAGGUUGGCAUUGAUACAACUAUGGAUUGCACAAGGAUUUAUCUGA